AUGGCUUCGUCUCCAAAACCCAGUCUUCUUAUCGGGGAAAAUUAUGGCCUCGCACUCCACCAAUCAAUGCAACAACUCCUAGAUGAAAUCCACAAAGAAACCUUAAAUUUGUCUCAUUUCGUCAACAUGUUCUACCGAUUAAUGCAAUCGAAAAUCGAUUCUCCUAUAGAAACGAUCUGGGUCUACUCUGCUUUAUCCUUCAGGAGCCGAAAAACAAAAAACCAGGAUCUUUCAAAUCAUAUUUUGAUUGCAGAGGAACUGUUUCAACUGGUUUCUGGAUGCUCAGGUCCGUGUAGUGCUUCGAAAAGCAUAGCAUUGCUAGCUCCGGUUGUUUUCCAAAUGUAUAAAUUGGUUUUUGAGUUAUUAGGCAAAGAUUUGGGAGGUAAGAGGAUGAAGAAAGCAGCUAAAGAGGUCAAGUCUUUGAUUGGAGAGAUUCUUGGAUAUGUAAGUGUGUGUUGUAGCAAGGAUAUCAGCAAGGAAAGUGAUUCAAAUUUGAGUGUAUCAUUUUCAGAUUUGGUUAGUGUCUGGAUGGAUGGGAACGAAGGCUUGAGGGCUUUUUUACCUCUCAUGAGUGAUGAGAUAUGUAAAGAGAUUAGUAUUGGAGGGUCAACUGUCAUAUACUUAGCUGGAGUUGUCAUUUGUGAGGUUUUCUUGUUGAAGCUAUGCUUGGAUUUACGGAUGGGGAAUCGAGGAGUGGAGUUGGAGAAGGAACUGGGAGUUGGAUUGUUGGCUCAAUAA